AUGCCGCAGCCACCUCGAAAAAAGAAAUGUUUGGAAAAAAAAAAUAGACAAGAGAGAGAAAGAAGUCGAAGAAGGAGACAAGAAGAAACCACUCCAGAAAGAGAAGCAAGGCAGCGACAAGACACAGAAAGAAGUCGAAGAAGGAGAGAAGAAGAAACCACCCCAGAAAGAGAAUCAAGACAACAACAGGAUGCAGAAAGAAGUCGAAGAAGGAGAGAAGAAGAAACCACCCCAGAAAGAGAAUCAAGACAACGACAGGAUGCAGAAAGAAGUCGAAGAAGGAGAGAAGAAGAAACCACCCCCAAAGAGAAUCAGACAACGACAGGACGCAGAAAGAAUCGAAGAAGAGGAAUAAGAAACCACCCCAGAAAGAGAAUCAAGACAACGACAGGACUCAGAAGAAGUCGAAGAGAGAAGAAGAAACCACCCCAGAAAGAAACUCAAGACAACGACAGGACGCAGAAAGAAGUCGAAGAAGGAGAGAAGAAGAAACCACCCCAGAAAGAAACUCAAGACAGCAACAGGACGCAGAAAGAAGUCGAAGAAGGAGAGAAGAAGAAACCACCCCAGAAAGAGAGUCAAGACAGCAACAGGUGA